AUGUCAUCUACUGACCAAGAAGCCAUUCUCUUCCUCUUCACCGAGCUUCUGUGUCAGACCAUCGGUUAUGAGGCUGACGGUCAUGCUAAUAUCUCAGGAGUCUUCAUCGUUAUCAUCCCGAUGUCGACUCAUGUACUUGUUAAACAAGGCAUGAGCAUUCGUGCAAACGUCGUUAUGCUCACUAUCACGCUAGGAAUAUUCGUCCUGUCGACCACAUAUUGGGCAGUCUCCGUCGCUUCCCUCGUGUCUGACAUAACACAGGAUCAUCGACAGAGAAACAACGCCAUCCGACAGGUGUUCAAUGCUGUUGUUCUCGUCAACUAUGUGUUCGCGGACGGAGUUGUGGUGUGGCGUAUGCGGGUGUUGUGCGCUGCGAGGUUCUCUAAGAAGGUAGUGAUAAUUCCAUCCAUCAUGCUCGGUCUCACCGCUGUGUCAGUCUUCACGACCAUCGCACUCCGUAGUGCAAUCGCCGCAGACCCAGACAAGAGAACUCCCCAUCGCGGACCCGUCCCCACCGCGCUCUCGGUCAGUCAGGUCGUCAACUUGGCAUUCUCGUUCAUCACGAACGUUACCGCCACUUUUAUGAUCGGGAUGUGGGCAUGGCAAUACCGACGGUCCAUCCGCGCCAAUAUGCAGUCCUCCAGAAGCACGCAGGUAGAGCGUAUCUUGGUCUUACUUGCAGAAUCAGGCCUCGUGUAUUGCGUCUCCUCCGCAAUCGUUCUCUUCGGUUCUUUCGUCCACGUAUCGGGAGGUACCCUGACUGAUGUCUACACAGGCGUACAUGUCCAAAUUGCGGGAAUGUAUCCAGCGCUCGUCAUAAUCCUCGUAAACACCCAACGCACCUCAAAAUCCCUGAUGUCCGUAGUCCACUUCGACCCGGCCCCGAACCAAAGCAUCAACGUGAACAAAACGGAGAUUAUGGAGAGCAUGCACUUUAACGAUAACCCUGCUCUUGGGAACCAACGUGGGACAAACGAGACUCACCACCACCACUCAGAUCCAGCUUCAUGGAAAGUGAUCCUGGCCAAGGCAAACAGUGCUCCUCAUAAUCUGACGGUUGACCAUACCACCCUCCCGCCUGCUAAAAAUGAGCAUAUGCUGCCUCUCGUGGUAUUCCACCACCUUCAACGAUGGAAAGAGCCUGAGGAGCGUACAGGCAUUCCAGGUUCCGUGUGGCGAAAGAUUGCUUGCCACUGGAGGAAAGGAUGCGUCUACACCGACCCACCUCAAUGUCUCCAAUUUCGUCGGGAACGCCGGGAUAACAGGGUCAAUGCGGACGAUUUGUUGGCUAUAACCGGAACUACUCGUAUGGUUUUUGUAUCGAGCUUGGCGGAGCUCAAGAAUACGAAGGUUCGGGAUUCGAGGCAGGAUGCUGGAAAUGAUCCAGGAGAAGGCAUGGGAGCAUGGAAGCGGCGUGUCUGA